AUGUCCACUAAAUUGAAGAUCUUAGUCCCUGUAAAGAGGGUCAUUGACUUUGCCAUCAAGCCUAGAAUCAACAAGGCCGGUACCGGGGUUGAGAAGAAAGGUGUGAAAUUCAGCAUCAACCCAUUCUGUGACAUAGCGUUGGAGGAGUCCCUUAAGCUCAGAGAGGCCAACAAGGGACUCGUUGAAAAAAUCCACGCUGUGUCCAUCGGUCCUACCAAGGCUCAGGACAUCUUAAGAACUGCUUUAGCAAAGGGUGCAGACACCACUACGUUAGUGGAUGUUGGCGAGGAGGAAGUGGAGCCAUUGAAUGUUGCCAAGAUUCUACAAAAGGUUGUUGAAAAGGAAGAGUCCAAUUUAGUGAUUUUGGGCAAGCAGUCGAUCGAUGAUGAUGCCAAUCAGACUGGACAGAUCUUGGCUGGGUUGUUGAAAUGGCCCCAGGCGACCAAUGCCUCGAAAGUCGAGGUUUCUGGCGACGAAGUAAGCGUCACCAGAGAAGUUGAUGGUGGUUCCGACACUUUGAAGGCCAAGUUGCCUAUGAUCAUCACCACGGACUUGAGGUUGAAUGAGCCCAGGUACGCCUCGUUGCCCAACAUCAUGAAGGCCAAGAAGAAGCCAUUGGAGAAGUUGAAGGCUAGUGACUUGGGUGUGGAAAUUUCUAGCCGUUUGGAGACGUUGAAGGUGGAAGAGCCACCAGCACGUGCCCCAGGUAUCAAGGUGGACAAUGUUGAUGAGUUGGUGGCCAAGCUCAAGGAGGCCAAUGCCAUUUGA